GGUGGGGCGCUUCCCGGGAGGGCGCGUCCCGGCCAGGCGCGCGCUCUGGAAGCAGGAGUGUCCCCUGUGGGUGGGCGCGUCCCCGAGGGGGAGGGCGCAGUCUAGGGGCGGGCUCUCCGCCGCCCCACCCUCGGCCGCGUCCCUCUGCGCCCCCCGCGCACCCAGCCGGGACGGAGCCGACCGCGCGCCGUAGCCAUCCGGCCAUGGAGACGCGAGAGCGGCGGCGCCCGCAGUUUCGGCUGCUGCUGCUGCUGCUGCUCUGCGGUGGGUGUCCCCCGGCGGGGGGCUGCAACGAGACACGCAUGCUGGAGAAGCUGCCGCUCUGUGGGAAGGCCUUUGCCGACAUGAUGCGCACGCUGGACGCGUGGAAGCGCUGCAACCUGUCCGAGUUCAUUGUGUACUACGAGAGCUUCACCAACUGCACGGAGGUGGAGACCAACGUGGUGGGCUGCUACUGGCCCAACCCGCUGGCGCAGGGCUUCAUCAGCGGCGUGCACCGGCAGUUCUUCGCCAACUGCACCGUGGACAGGACGCACUGGGAGGACCCCCCAGACGAGGUCCUCAUCCCGCUCAUCGCCGUGCCGGUCCUGCUGACCGUGGCCAUGGCUGGCCUGGUGGUGUGGCGCAGCAAGCGCCCUGACCAGCUGCUGUGAGGCCCGGCGGUCGCAGGGGCCGCACCUGGAGAGAGGGAAGGCCGGGCUGGGGGCUGGGGAGCCGCCCCGGACCCGGACCCGGAUCCGGACCCGGCGGUCUUGGGCAGGCGCCACCUGGCCCUACAGCCCGUUGCACUCACGCUGCUCACCUAGGCUCUUCCUCUUUCUUGGGCCGGGAAAGAAAACGCGCCAAGACCAGAGCCCGAAUCGCUGCUGCUGUGCCCGCCGCCCAGGCUGGGUGUCCAGGUGGUUCCUUCGCAGAGCCCUGCCUGGCCCCGCCGCCGGGCCUCCUGCCCCCGACCCCACCGCCGGCCUGGCUCUGACUCCGCCUCCCAACCCGACUCCACCCCUGCCCUGACCCCGCCUCCUGCCCUGACCCCACCCCCUGACCUCACCUCUCACCUCCUACCCGACCCCACCUCCUGCCCUGACCCCACCCUCGGCCUGGCUCUGACUCCGCCUCCCAACCCGACUCCACCCCUGCCCUGACCCCAUCUCCUGCCCUGGCCCCAACCCCUGACCUCACCCCACCUCCUACCCUGACCCCACCUCCUACCCUGACCCGCCCCUCCUGCCCUGACCCCUCCGCCUACACUGACCCUACCUGUUCUGACCCUACUCCUUGCCCUGACCCCUUCUCCUGCGCUGACCCUGGCUCCACCCCCGGGCUGGCUCCACCCCCUCUGGGGCCCCCGGCCCUCCCUGGCCUGGCCUGCCCGCUCACAUCCUCACAUCUGGGCAGGGGUCGGCUAGAUGUGCGCUUGGGGUCUGUGGGAUCUUGCUGCGCUGUGUCUGAGCCCUCCUGGCGGGGAGCCCACACACGGCCUGAGGACGGAAAACCCCGACAGACUGAGAGUCAGGCCUGGGUCCCCUGGCGGCCAGGCACCGCCUGAGACCCCCAUCUGUGCCCCCGGCGCAGUCCUCCUUGUGAGUCAGGCCCCUCUGGGCUGGGGUCCCGUGAGCUGCGCGUUGGCUGGCUCUGUCUGUGCUGUGUGUGCUUUCUCUGAGUAAAGAGUCAUCGCUUCUG